AGGGUCGCAAAUUACCGACAAGUUUGUUCGAAUUGUUUUGUCUUUACAUUCUGGGAUCUAAACCGACGCAUAUCAGAGUAUCUGAAGUUCCUCAACUACAAAAGCUAUUCCCUUGAGGAUGUCCGGUACAUCCAGACCAAAGGACACUCCCCUAAAACCCAAUCCAGCGUUUUCCCCCGAGAUUCUAGUUGCCACUCCAGGGGGAGAAACGCUGGAGCUUCGGCAGUUGUUCAACCGACUAGACUCAGACAACAACGGAAGCUUAACUUCCUCUGAGCUUCUGAAGGGCUGUGAGAUACUGGGUUUCUCCCUUUCAAGCUCAGAAGUUGAGAAACUGAUCGAGUCGGCAGAUCUGAACAAGGACAAAGAGGUCGACUUCCCAGAGUUCCUCAAGUACGUGUGUGAACAUCAAAAGAAGCUCCGUCUAGUAUUCCAACAUUUGGACGCCAACCAGGAUGGAAAAAUUGACACUGCAGAAAUCCGGGUAGGCCUAGCAAACUUGGGCAUCAACAUUUCCCAGAAAGAAGCGGAGAGUCUCGUUGAAAAAAUCCAAUGCAGCGAGGGUGGUGGUAGUGGCAGUGGCAGUGGGGAUGUGGAAGGUGGAACAAGUGUGUAUUGGGAGCAGUGGAGGGACUACCACCUGCUGCACCCCACAGACAACACAGAGGACAUCAUCAAUUAUUGGAGACACGGAUCGAAUCUGGACGUGGGUGAUGACCUGCGAGUGCCAGAUGAGUUGCCGGCGAAGGAGAAGGCGGGAUCCAUGUUGUUGCGAACUCUCAUCUCAGGAGGAGUGGCAGGGGCAGUGUCGAGGACUUGCACCGCACCCAUAGACAGACUGAAAGUGCUGCUGCAAGUCCACUCGUCCUAUAAAAACCCCCUUGGUGUAGUCUCGGGUUUUCGACAACUGAUAUCAGAGGGAGGUGCCACUGGACUAUGGCGUGGGAACGGAAUGAAUGUCUUGAAGAUAGCACCCGAAUCAGCCAUCAAAUUCCUAACCUAUGAAAAGAUGAAGCAGAUCAUCAAAGGGGACAAGUGUGAAGUUACUGCUCUGCAGAGGUUCUUUGCUGGUUCCAUUGGCGGCCUCUGUGCACAGACAACUAUCUAUCCCCUAGAACUUCUGAAGACGAAGUUGAUUCUGCGGAAGACGGGCGAGUACUCGGGCAUCGUGGACUGUGCAGCCAAGGUGUACAAGGAGGGUGGACUGCGUGUGUUCUACCGUGGAUACAUUCCCAAUGCAAUAGGAAUCAUUCCAUACGCUGGAAUUGACCUCAUGGUCUAUGAGACUUUAAAAGGACGAUACCUCUCCAGUCGUACUUCAGAUCAGUCAUCCGGACAACCUCCAGGAGUGCCAGUGGUGCUAUUCUGUGGCGCAGUCUCCUCUUCAUGUGGCCAACUGGCUAGCUACCCUUUCGCACUCCUCAGAACCAAAAUGCAAGAUCAAACGGCAUCUGUGCGACGUCAGCCUUCAAUGCGCCAGCUGGCCUUGCACAUAGUUCGAACAGAGGGACCCCUCGGACUGUACAGAGGCAUCAUCCCCAACUUCCUCAAGGUCAUCCCAGCUGUGUCUAUAUCAUGGGUGGUCUACGAAAACACCAAACGAGCACUGGGGCUGUAGCUACUAUUUUAUGUCGUAAUAAAAAACAACAGCAACCAUUGUGCCUAUUUGAAGACUUGUCUGAAAAAGGAAGAUCAUCAGAAAAUUGGACUCUAGUUGACUAAUAGUAGUAGAGGCAGUAGCUAAAAUUAGAUUAGCUGGUCUAGUAUAAUAACGCUGGUCUUGUCUGAUAACAUUUUGAACGAAUCUGAGGGGUGUC